GGUGGGCUGUGGGUGGGGGAGGGGAUGGACCGAGUCCUGGGUUGUCCGGAUGAGGGUUCGGGAAGGUUUGGCGAGUAAGAUUCCAUUCCUUGGAUCUGCACCAGUUUCCCUACCCCCGUCUCCGUCAGCUCCUCGACUUUGGGGAUUGAGAUUGAAAGAGCAUCCCGGGACGGGGCCUUUCAGCCCCGAAGCAGCCUAUCCAGAGACCCUCAAAUUCUGAUUUUGAAGUUGGAGGCUCCUGGGGAAGUUCGUUUCUUACCUUUUAGAAGAAUUAGAGGAUUUGCGGCUGCCUGACCCCAGCCUAGAGUGGUAGUGUAGUGCCGAGGCUCGGGCAGCAUGACGACGGAGACCUUCGUGAAGGAUAUCAAGCCCGGGCUCAAGAAUCUGAACCUCAUCUUCAUUGUGCUGGAGACAGGCCGGGUGACCAAGACAAAAGACGGGCACGAGGUUCGGACCUGCAAAGUGGCAGACAAAACAGGCAGCAUCAAUAUCUCUGUCUGGGACGACGUGGGCAACCUGAUCCAGCCUGGAGACAUUAUUCGGCUCACCAAAGGAUACGCUUCAGUGUUCAAAGGUUGUCUGACACUGUACACUGGACGUGGGGGUGAUCUUCAGAAGAUUGGAGAAUUCUGUAUGGUUUAUUCCGAGGUUCCUAACUUCAGUGAGCCAAACCCAGAGUACAGUGCCCAGCAGGCACCCAACAAGACGUUGCAGAACGACAGCAGCCCUACGGCUCCCCAGCCUACCACUGGACCCCCUGCCGUUUCUCCAGCCUCUGAGAACCAGAACGGAAAUGGACUGAGUGCCCCACCAGGCCCUGGUGGUGGCCCGCACCCCCCUCACGCACCCUCGCAUCCCCCCAGCACCCGAAUUACCCGAAGCCAGCCCAACCACACACCUGCCGGCCCUUCGGGCCCGUCCAGCAACCCUGUUAGUAACGGCAAGGAAACCCGGAGGAACAGCAAGAGAUAGCAAGACAUCCUUCCUCCCUUCCCGCCACCCACCAUAGCCCCAGUGUCUCCUAGAGCACACAGCCUUCUACUAGGCUGUUGGCUUUUGUGGGGCUGGGUGUGGGUAGGUAGUAGUAUUUGAGCCACUAAAUUUCACUGGAGGGGUGGUGAACAGUGGCCUUAUCCACCCUAAGCCCAUACUCACUGCCUUGCCCAGCUGAAGCUGCCUAUCCCCUGGGAUUCAAGGCUCUCUGCCCGCCCUCCUUCCUCUUAGAAACGACAGUCACAGUCUAUUUCUGGUGUGUGUGAUGUGGAAGUCAAAUUGAAUCCCUCCUUCCUAAUAAACGUUACCGCUCUGUAC